GGGGGGGAGGGGGGAAAGUAGGCUCAGGACGAGAGAGAGAAGGACGGCCAGGCCAUUCAGCGAGCUUUGCAUCGAGCGGCAGAGCCACAGCUGCACCAUGUCUUCCAACGUCACCGUACGGACGCGGAAGUUCAUCAGGAAUGCCCUGCUCGCGCGGAGGCAGAUGGUCGUGGACAUCAUCCACCCCGGCGUGGCCAACGUCUCCAAGGCCGAGCUCGGGGAGAUGAUCGCGAAGAAGUUCCGCGUGUCGGACGCGACGACGGUGACCCUCUUCGGCUUCCGGACCCAUUUCGGUGGGGGCAAGAGCACCGGCUUCUGCCUCAUCUACGACAGCGUCGAGGACAUGAAGAAGUUCGAGCCCAAGCACCGCCUCGCACGGGCGGGUCUCCAGGACAAGAAGGAGACCUCCCGCAAGCAGAUCAAGGAGGCCAAGAACAGGCAGAAGAAGAUUCGCGGCACCGGUCGCCGUAUCGCCAAGCACAAGGCGAAGAAGGCCGCCAAGUAGAUAUCCGACCGGCCACGCUCUUUCAGCCGCCACCAAGCUUUGCAACACUUGCUUGCAAUGCGGGAUCUGUUUUUCGGCGGUCUUGCUUUGGUUGGUUUGCUCUGGACGGGGGAUCGGGGGGGGUGGCGAGACGAGCGUGCCUAGACGGGUUGAAGCGAGUUAGGAACCGUGCCUUCUGCGCUGGCCAGCGUUGUGGUGUGUUGGUUGUCGAGCCCUCGUAUGCUUUUGGCCGAUCCCAUCCCCUGUGAUGUAUGAUCUGCCGCUCGUUUCUUUUUCGGAAGAAACACAAUAAAAAGCUCACUGAAAAUGCCGUGUCGGUGCCGCAAGCUGUGGAUUCUACCUGUCACGUGUUCCUUUGCACACAGCAGUGCACUUCAAAAGCGCUUCCGGUCGUGGCUCGCCAACCGAGCUUCCUGUCCCAUACGGUUAUCAUUUGCAUUGUUUGCAGAGGUACGUUAUUCCUCUACUUGCUGGUUUUCUCGCGCAUCAUGCAUCGAAGGUCAACAUACAUGCACCGAAGCAUACCCAAGCUUCCCACACACAUGAAACGCGCAUGAAUCUUCGUUUUCUCUCCGACGAAAAGUCUGCGGAAAUACGGUACGGUUGGAUAGCCGCGACGCACCAAGAGGCCGGUUAUUUACGCGAGGAAGAGGUGUACCCGAGGUGGAAACCGAGGU